GAAGCAAGAAUCUUUCUAGAAAGAAACAGCGCUUCCUGCAUACUAGUGGACACGGUGACGGAUUGAAAGCAAAGAUCAUUUUCAUAACUUCGAUAAAAUUGUUGUGGAUAGUUUCUCCAGGACGGCGAUGGACAUCAAUGAAUUGAUCGCCGGUCUUGAGAGUGAUUUGAAAGAGAUCACGAAUCUGAUAGAGAAAUGUGAACGACAGCGCGUGCUGGACGUCUUGACGCAAGAGCAGAAGAAAAUAGAGAAAGAGCUGGCACAAAAACAACGAGAGCAGAAACUGCAGCAAGCCAAGAAAGACUCUGGGGACAAAACUGAAACAACACUCAAAGGAUACACAGUCAAAAUCAACAAUUAUGGAUGGGACCAAUCUGACAAGUUCGUCAAAAUCUACAUCACACUAAAAGGAGUGCAUAGUAUUCCAGCUGAAAAUGUUGAGGCUAACUUCACAGAGAGAGGUUUUAAUGUUCUAGUCAAAGAUCUGGAUGGGAAGAACCAUCAAAUGACAGUCAACAACCUUUUAUUUCCCAUUAUUGUUGCAGAGAGUAGUAAAAAGAUAAAAACAGACACGGUCCUUAUCAUGUGCAAGAAGAAGUCGGCAAAAAAAUGGGAAUGCUUGACACAAGUAGAAAAACAGUCUAAGGAGAAAGACAAACCCAGCUCGAAUGAGAACGCUGAUCCAAGCGAGGGGCUGAUGAGCGUACUGAAGAAGAUCUACACCGAUGGAGAUGAUGACAUGAAACGCACUAUCAACAAGGCCUGGGUUGAGUCUCAGGAGAAGAAGGUCAAAGCAGAUGAUCUUGACUUCUAAGCCAGCUUAUUGAUCUACUUCCACAUUCACAGCAAAGCACACCAAUUCAGCUGCUGCACACAUGCCAUUCCACUUUAUUAUUUUUUGCAUUUUUGUACUUUGUUCUUGUUAAAUGCGGCUGUUAAAGAACAAUGUUUUUGAAGUGUUUUCAUCCCCUUUGUAAUUCCUACCAACAAAUGUUCAGUGGAUUAUCUUUCAAUAUUAUUCCUGCA